AUGCUUCCCACUGCUUGCCGUACAGGCCUGUGGCAGUCGCCACUUUCCUGCGUCUUCCCGUACGACGACCAUUUAUCUCACCUUAACGGGUCGCUCACUCAGAGUCACAACGGUGAUUUCCCAGACUGGUGGCUCCGUUGGUGGUUUGGGCUGGUUGGUGCACUUAAAACGGCCAUCGGUUCUGCAAUUGGAGGGGAGGAGAAGUAUUGGAGAAUGUUGCAGCAGCUUAGCAGCAGAAGAAGAAAUAUCAAGACUGAGCGACUUCUAGUGAGAGAGGUAGAACAAAUGCUGGAAGGAGGAAGUUGUGAAGCAGAAGACUUGGGAUUGGAUGAGUGGUUUGAGGUUGAAGUCCUCAGUUACAUGCCUGGCACAUAUGUGUUCAUGAGAUUGGUAGGCUGAAUGCUUUCAAUAGUGGUUUAGAGAAUGUGAAUUUCCUGUUUCAGUGUAGGAAUCUCAAAUUAACUGCCUUUU